AAAUUGCACUUGCACAUGAAAAUGGUGGCACUGUUGAGGCUUAACACCCUGGUUUCACUUUCAGGUUUAUGUCCAACAAGACAUUAUUGUUAUUAUUCGAGGAAACCAAGGUUACCCUUCAGAAUCAGAAUGGCAUCAAUCACUGAAACUGCUUCAGCUUCCAAAGUCAUCUUGGAUUCUCAUCUCCAUGUGUGGGCUUCUCCUCAUGAGGCUGCUAAAUUCCCUUACCAUCCUGGACAAGAGCCCACUUUAGCAGGACAUGCUGAUUUUUUACUUCAGUUACAUGGGAACUGAUGAUGGUGACUGGAUUUGUGUUUGUGCACACAUUCUGAGAUGCUCAGUGUAUGGAGGAAGCAGGAGUAGAUAGUGCACUCAUUGUGCAGCCAAUUAAUCAUAAAUUUGAUCAUAAUUAUGUCACAAGUGUUUUGAAGAAAUAUCCAACCAAAUUUGUUGGGUGCUGCCUUGCUAAUCCAGCUGAUGAUGGCAGUGGGCUUAAGCAGUUUGAAGAUCUUGUUUUGAAGGAUGGUUAUCGCGUCGUGCGGUUUAACCCUUAUUUGUGGCCAUCUGGCGAGAAGAUGACAAAUGAAGUUGGAAAGGCAAUGUUUCAAAAGGCUGGAGAACUCAAAGUACCAGUGAGCAUAAUGUGUAUGAAGGGGCUUGAUUUGCAUAUUUCAGAAAUUGAACAACUGUGCACAGAAUUUCCCUCAACAAUUGUGAUACUUGAUCACUUGGCCUUCUGCAAACCACCACUAACUGAUCAAGAACAGCUUAUCUUUUCUAGGCUCUUAAAUCUAUCUAGAUUCCCUCAAAUGUAUGUGAAAUUUAGUGCCCUUUUCAGAGUUUCAAGAGAGAAACAUCCUUAUCUGGAUUUGUCAACUAUCUCAUCUCAAAUUGUCUCUAGCUUUGGUGCUAACCGUGUAAUGUGGGGCAGUGAUUUUCCAUUUGUUGUUCCUGAAUGUGGUUACAAAGAGGCCAAAGAAGCUGUCAAUCUAAUUGCCAAUAAGGCAUCUCUUUCUCCAUCUGAUUUGGAGUGGAUCAUGGGGAAAACAGCCACACAACUGUUCCAAAGCCACUCAGCAUCUUAAAAGUUGGAAUAAUAGAAAACUAUUGUUGCUUCUAAGCAAAAUUUUUCAUCUAGAUUGGAGUUUAUAUAUGCAAUUCUGUGUUGAAUUUAAUAUAUACAAUUGUAACAAUUCAAGCAUAUGUCCUCCUUAAUCAUCACCUAGUCCUAUUCUGAAUACUAUGUAUGCUAACUUGUAAUAAGGCUCAAUGGUGUUCUGCAAAAUUUGCUGAAAAUCCAAAAGCUUCAAAAUUAUUUAGUUUAAGUGAUCA